AUGGACCCCGCGCCCCGAGCACAGACCUGUUGGCUGUCAGACCGCCUCCCACUGCUGCUGGUGCUCAGCCUCGGGCUGUGCCCCCCCGGGACACAGGCCCCCACAGCCCCCCCGGACACAGGCGGCCCCCGGACACCGGCCCCACAGCCCCCCCGGGACACAGGCGGCCCCCGGGACACCGGCCCCACAGCCCCCCGGGACACAGGCGGCCCCCCCCGGGACACAGGCGCCCCCCCCGGCCCCACAGCCACAGCCCAGGACAUCAACACCGGAAUUGAAUGGCUGACUAAGUUUGGUUACCUGCCGCCCGCAGACCCGGUCACUGGGCAGCUGCAGACACAGGAGGGCUUGACCAAAGCCAUCCGGGCCAUGCAGACAUUCGGGGGCCUGAAGAUCAGCGGGAUCUUAGACCAGGCCACGCUGACGCUGAUGGAGACGCCUCGCUGCUCUCUGCCCGACAUCCCCAUCCCCGACCAGGAGAUGGUGAGGAGGAGGAGGAGGCGAUCGGCUCCGAGCGGGAACAAGUGGAACAAGAGGAACCUCUCCUGGAGGAUCCGGACCUUCCCGGUCGAGUCGCAGUUGAGCCGCGACACGGUGCGAGUGCUGAUGUUUUACGCCCUGAAGGUGUGGAGCGACAUCGCGCCCCUCAACUUCCACGAGGUGGCCGGGGAGCAGGCCGACAUCCUCAUCGACUUCUGCAAGGCUUUCCACAACGACAAGUACCCGUUCGACGGGCCGGGCGGGGCUGUGGCUCACGCCUUCUUCCCCGGGGGGGGCCUGGUGGCCGGCAACACGCACUUCGACGACGACGAGGAUUGGACCUUCCGCUCCUCGGACGCCCAGAAGAUGGACCUGUUUGCUGUGGCUGUGCAUGAAUUUGGACACGCCCUGGGUCUGUCCCACUCCUCGGCCAACAAUUCCAUCAUGCGGCCUUAUUACCAGGGGCCUGUUGGUGACCCCCUCAAGUACCAGCUCCCCUACGACGACAAGCUCCGCAUUUGGCAGUUGUACGGAGUCCGAGACCUGCUGAUCUCAACAUCCCGACCGGGAGCCGAGGAGCCAUCGGAUUAUCCCGCACUUCCCAAACCUCCGAAAUCCCGACCCACUGCACAACUCAGACCGGAUGCCCCUGACAGGUGUAACGCGCACUUUGAUGCCGUGGCUCAGAUCCGAGGAGAAGCUUUCUUCUUCAAAGGCAAAUAUUUCUGGCGCCUGACACGGAAUAAGCAUUUGGUGUCACUACAGCCAGCACAGAUCCAGCGAUUCUGGUGGGGGUUACCCAGCAACCUGGGCAAUUUGGAUGCUGUGUAUGAGAGAUCAGUGGACCAUAAGAUAGUCUUUUUCAAAGGCAGCAGAUAUUGGGUGUUCAAAGAUAACAAUGUGGAGGAGGGUUACCCCCGCUUGCUAGCUGACUUUGGCCUGCCAGUACAGGGUAUUGAGGCAGCUUUUGUCUGGCCCCACAAUGACAAGACCUAUUUCUUUAAGGACAACCAAUACUGGAGAUACGAUGAUCACAGCCGGAGGCUGGAUCCCGAGGCCCCGGAGGAAAGCUUGCUGUGGAAAGGCCUACCCAGCAACAUAGAUGAUGCAAUGAGGUGGUCUGAUGGAACCACCUACUUCUUCAAAGGGAAAAGUUACUGGAAAGUUUUGGACGGACACACGGAGGUGUCAGCGGACUCGCCACGGUCCAUAGCCAGAGACUGGCUGAUGUGCAGCGACAUGCAGGCGGACGGAGUCGAGGUGGAGCUGGCCAGCUCGCGGCACGGACACCCGGAUCACACCCGGUCUGAGGAGGAGGAGAAGAAGAAGCAGCAGCAGCAGCAGCAGCAGCCCAGUUGCUCCUGUACCUCGUCUGCAGCGCAGCCGAGCGGACCAGAGGCUGUUUGGAGGCAGAGGGCGGCUCACCUCGUGGCGGGCUUGCUGUUUGCCACCGCUGCCGCGGCAGUGGUUUAGAGACUGGAUCGACAUGUCUCGGGGAUAUUCUGCCGACACUCACACCCGGCGACCAACUAACCACCACCGGCUCGGAAACCUUCAGCUUCUCCAACCAUUGAGGAAUCGCAGAGAUGAGAUUCCGUUUGAUCUCUCUGGUGGCGGGAAGCGAAAUAAUCACCUCC